AGGUUCACAAGCGAGUCUGAGUGCUGCAGAGGUUAGUGCAAAGAAGUCGACAGCCUCAGCAGGCACUAUAGAAAGUGGGAAAAGCACGAAAGAGAAAACUGUGGUGUCCUGGAACGUGGAUCCCCGCGCCUCCGGACGCAGCCUCACUUCCACUGGAAGGGUCAUGCUCACGACAGUGGGAGAGGACAAGACGCCGAAGCGCUCUGCUUCCGCGGUCUCAGAGGCCAGCGUGUCAGCCAAGGCGUCGCCCAAGAGGAAACUGAGAGGACCAAGGGACCAGAAGCCUGUGGAGAUGAAGCCCAGCCACUGGCGCAGCCGAAUUGCAGGCCUGGCAUCAAGGCUCUCUCCCGGCACCUUCGGCUUGCGCAAGGAUGCCUACGAGCUGCAGGAGUCCGUAGAGUACUUCUCCAAAUCGAAUGGCAUUUGGACUGCAGCCGUCAUUACCUCUAGCGGGCAGUUUGACAAAGAAGGCAACCCGUCUUACCACAUCCGCGUUGGUCGACAACGCCGCUAUCGAAUUCCGCUGGAGCAGCUGCGGCCAGUGCUGCAGCCGGGGGAGCCUGCAGGCUUCUUCUCUGUGCCAGACUCCAAAUGGAUUUCUGUCAAGAUCAGCGGAGUCGUGGGCGAUUCCCACAUGUUGGGUUAUCGCUUGGAGGCGUUGGGUGAAACGAAGGGCGAGAAGAAUCCAAGCUCGGUGGCUGGACGCUUGAGGCGGCACUUCAACAGCUCUGAUCGCGUGCGCGUCUACCUCGGGCCGCUGCUUGGCUGGGCUGAAGCGCUGGUCGUGGAGGAUGCCGUUGAGGCGGCAGAGGAGGUGCCAGGACAGCGCAUGGCAGAUGAUGCCAAAGAGGGCGGGGCACCUUCCAAGGCCCGGGACAAAGAGCCCAAGGCAGAUCAAGCACAGAGUGAAAAGCAGCCGGCGGUGACGGCUAAGCCCGAGCCAAAGGCUGAGGAACCUGAGCAGACGCCGCUGCAGUCACCAGAGGUGACAGUGAAGGUGCGGAUGCUGCAGGAAGAUCCUGAAGACGGCGAGGUUUUAGAGAUGCUGUCCGGCUAUGUUCGCUUCGCAGCCAAUGAAUAGUUGGAGAGCUGCGCUCACAAGCCCAGGAUCAAUGCUGCUGUGGUUGUUUCAUGGAGUUUCCACGUUACAUCGAUUCGGAGGGCAUUCUGUCCAACCCGCCGGAAGACGGUGUGGUGCUCGCCCGAGAGUUUCACGGGCGAUAUUCAGUCGCUUUGGGCUGUUGGCCUUUGCUCAGAUUUGCGUACUUUUGGACAUGACGGUUUCAGCAUCUCUUUGGGGCUCUCUGGGGCUCUUUGUGCCGGAUGUGCUUGGCAUCAACGCCAAUGCCGGCCAUGUCCAUACUGGCUCAGCGGUUCCUAUCCAGCUGUCCAGCGAGCUGUUGUACUCGUCGAA